UGGGUAUAUCCGGAAAAUCGGAAUCUCCAUCUUCCUAGAAACUUCAUAGGCCAAGAAACGAGAAGAUGCUAUAAAGGGACCCUACGUCUAUUCUUCGCUUCCGUCAUCGAACGCCCUCGAGAAAAAAGGAUCAAAUUCCUCUCUGAUAACGAAAGAUCGAACGAGUCCAUUCUUCGUCUUUUUCCGCUAAUUCCUUCUCCGUGAUCAGCAGCCUCUAGAGAUCGUAACCGAAGCAGAAGAGUUUCCGCCAUGGAUGCGUUCUUCGGCUCUCAAUCCACUUCGAGGAGUCGCUGGAGCUACGACUCGCUCAAGAACUUCCACCAGAUCUCUCCCGUUGUCCAGGCUCAUCUCAAGCAGGUCUAUCUGACAUUGUGCUGUGCACUGAUUGCAUGCGGGAUAGGCUCCUACUUGCAUAUCCUAUGGAACAUUGGAGGUCUCUUGACGACUUUCGCUUGUGUGGGAUCUAUGGCCUGGCUGAUGUCUACACCUUCAUACCAAGAGCAAAAGAGGGUUUCCCUUCUGAUGGCAGCUGCGGUUCUUCAGGGUGCUUCUAUUGGUCCUCUGAUUGAGCUAGCUUUUGAUAUUGAUUCAAGUCUCAUUGUCACAGCUUUUGUGGGGACAGCCAUCUCGUUUGGUUGCUUCUCCGCAGCUGCCAUGGUGGCAAAGCGUAGAGAGUAUCUGUACCUUGCUGGGUUGCUCUCUUCUGGCCUUUCUAUUCUCUUCUGGCUGCAGUUUGCAUCCUCCAUUUUUGGAGGAUCUGCCUCGGUCUUCACAUUUGAGCUGUACUUUGGGCUACUGUUGUUUGUUGGCUAUGUCGUAGUCGACACACAGAACAUCAUCGAGAGAGCUCACGUUGGUGAUCUGGAUUAUGUGAAACACGCUCUUGAGCUGUUCACCGACUUUGUCAGCAUUUUUGUCCGGAUUCUCAUAAUCAUGCUGAAGAACUCGAUGGAGAAGGAGAACGACAAGAAGAAGAAGAAGAGAAGAGAGUAAGGAGUAGUUGCCUCGCUGAUGGGAGCAUGUGCUUGAAAAAAACCACGCUGUGUUGAUACUUUUAGCUUUGUUUUGUGGGAUCUCGGGGCUCUACAUCACCUGUCUAGCAGCGUAUAACCUUUGUUGCAAUGACCUCUGUUUUCUUCCUCCCUUUCUGUUCAGUGUUGACACAUCUUUUGCUUUUAGCACACGGUAUAAUACAUAGCCAUAGACCUUCAAUCAAAGGAUCUGUAACUGUCUUGGAGUUUUGCUUAUAGAGCUGGUGAUAUGGUUUGAGCUCUUUAGUGAUCAUAGUAGAGGAUUCGGAAAGGUCGGUGCUCCCUAAUUUCUGGUAACAAGAGAAUUUCUAAGAGAAAGCUCUUAGAAAUUACAACGUACAAUCUUCACUUUCUUCCCUGCUUCACGUCAUGAAAA